CAUAAAAUUCUGAGUGUAUCCCACGAUCCCUCCAGUAUCUUCUAUGGCUUAGGGUUUCUCCACGGGAUCUUCUUUCUUCAUCCUCCUCUUCGCUCACCCAACGCUUCCUCACCCUCUCCGCCGGUACCUCUUCUCCACUCUUUUGCCUCCCCUCCCCUGUUACGGUGACAAUCUCACAGUUUGGAGUUUCAAAUGAAACUGAGGGUUGUCUGCAGGAAAAUUUACGACUACAUACGCUAUGAUCUCAAAGAAAUCGCUUUCCCCUCUUCGUUGCCGGACCCUCCUAACAUGAAAAAGCGUCGCAAAUUGACCAGGGAUGAGCGUAUCUGGGUUUUGAAGAGAGCUUCCAGGCUUUAUGCCGCAAGCUGGGUUCGUGACAUUGGUCCUGACCUUCGGCCAGACGAUUACAAGAAGGAUGACAUGGCUGCUGAAGCAAAUGAUGAAAAGAGAACAGCUAAAGGAAAAGAACCCUCAACACUUGAGGAUCUCGCCGUAGCUGCUAGAGGGGGAAUGGAGACCCUCAGACCUGCUUUGCAGCGUGUGUACAUGACCAGAGCAUCUGCAUACAGAGAUGCUCUUAAAAGUUUCAUAGAGGGGUACCAAGAGGGUGUUCAGCAAGUGAUGGAGAAGAAGGAAGAUUCCAAUACGCAAGAAGAUGCUGAUCUACCCCCAAAAAAACCAACUUGAACUUGCUUGUAGGAAGGAUGAUACUUCUUUUCUGGUAGACCCACCAGUAGUUUGGACUAAGGCAUGAAGUUUGACAGAAAUUAGUGCCAGUCCUCUUGAUUAAAAGGUUUUAAUGUACAUUUCACUAAACAUAAAGAGUCGAAUAUUCCAAAGUGGGUGUAUUUUGGAUACUAUACAUCUAUUAGUAGAUCUGAAUUUUGUUUUUGCAAAUUUUGUUGAGUUUUUUAAUUUUAGGUGCUUAUUAGUGAUUUA